GUCCGUCUAGCUCACUGUUUGGACGGAGUACUAGUAGAUUAUUGGAUACACUGUCUACAAGUGCAAGGUUGUCGGAUGAUUUUGAUCUGAUUCGCUUGCGAUCGGCCACGCCCUGGUAAGAAUAUAUCUCCCUUUGCAUAUCUCUGCAUGGAGUCUUAUCAAUCUGCCUAUCCUUCUCCGGUUCGAUAUCUAUCGCGCAGCAUACGAUAUGCAGAUGCGAUAUGCAGAUGCGAUGAGAGGAAGGAGGGCGUUCUACAAAUGGAUAGAAAGUAACCUUCUAAGUACAGUUUGGGUUUAGAUGAGAUAAGGUAAGGCAAUGGGUGAAUUGUGUACUUAUGCGGACCCGGAACCAGGUUCUCCAUCUCGUCUUUUGUCGUUCUUGAUCUUUUGUUUCUUGCUUUGGUGUGCGAUUUGAAGCUCGAGGCUGGAAGGACAGGACAGGAAAGGAAAGGAAAGAAGCAUUGGUUUUUAGAUACGCUUAAGAGAUUUUUUUGUCGUUGUCGAGGAGACUCAAAAAGUGACGAUGCGUUCUUUCACUUCGAUACCAUAUGUUCCUACCGGAAAACAGAUUAAAGAGCGAUUUACAACUGUCAAGGCAUGGGAAUUGCCGAAACAGAAAAGUGCGUUGGCCCCAGAACAUGUUUGGACGAAUGAGGAUAUGGAUCCGGUGAAGAAGGAAAAUCAAACUUGGACUUUGUGGACUUGGAUGGCGUAUUGGGCAACUGAUACAAUCACUCUGGGCACUUGGGAGACGGCAAGUAGUAUUCUGGCGGUGGGUUUGACAUGGAGAGAAGCAAUUCCCAUUAUGAUAGUAGGAACGAUCUGCGUUGCAAUUCCCGUGGUGCUCAACGGGGCCAUCGGUGCCAAAUUUCACAUCCCAUUUUCAGUAGCAAUUCGAGCAUCUUUUGGAUAUUAUUUUGCAUAUUUUUGUAUUGUUUCGAGAUCUAUACUGGCGAUGUUUUGGUUGGGUAUAGUAAGUGCGGGCGGAGCACAGUGUGUUACGAUUAUGAUAUUGGCUAUUUGGCCUAGUUAUGCGAAUGUGCCGAAUCAUAUUCCGGAAGAUCAAGGAAUCACUACGCAGGGAAUGAUUAGCUACUUUCUCUUCUGGAUAAUCCAGCUUCCACUUCUUCUUAUACCCCCUACUCGUCUCCGUUAUCUCUUCGUUACAAAACUCAUCGCAGCCCCUGUUGCUGCACUUGCAACCAUGGGCUGGUGUAUCCAUAAAGCCGGCGGCUCAGGAUCGAUCUUCGACCUCCAACCUACCGUCUCCGGAUCCACCAAAGCAUAUCUCUGGCUUUCCUGCAUGACAUCAGUCACAGGCACGUGGGCUACACUAUCGUGCAAUAUCCCCGAUUUUUCCCGCUACGCACGAUCUUCCAAAGGUCAAUUCAUCCAACUUCCCUUCCUCCCUAUCAUCUUCACCCUAUGUGGUACAAUCGGCAUAAUCACCACCUCAGCCACCGGAGUCAUCUACGGAGAACCCCUAUGGAACCCCCUUGAGAUUCUCGCAAAAUGGCUAGAUCUCGGACACGGCGGACGGGCCGCCGCAUUCUUCGCAGCCGCCGCGUGGUACAUCGCACAAGUCGGCACCAACAUCACCGCAAACUCCAUCAGCGCCGCAAACGACCUCACGGUUCUUUUCCCCCGCUACAUCAACAUCGAACGCGGAUGCAUCGUCGCCGCUAUCGUCGGAGGAUGGGUCAUCGUCCCCUGGAAAGUAAUCAGCUCGGCCCAAACCUUCCUCUCUUUCAUGGGCGGGUAUGCCGUUUUCCUCGCACCCAUUGCGGGGAUCCUCGCGGUGGAUUACUGGGUGGUGCGGAAACAACAUCUUGAUGUUCCUGCGCUCUAUGAUCCGCAUGGGAGAUAUAGAUAUUGGUAUGGGGUUAACUGGCGCGCACUUUUGGCGUUGCUGCUCGCGGUGUGUCCGAAUCUGCCGGGGCUAGUGUAUAGUAUUGCGUUGAAGACGGAUGGGGAAACGGGGUUGGAAACAGAUGCGGUGCGGAUUAGUCAAGGAGCGAAAAAUCUCUAUUCGUUUGAUUGGCUGUUUGGGUUUGUGGUUAGUGUGGUGGUUUAUGUGGGGGUGAGUUGGGCUUGGCCGCCGCGGGAGUCGUUGGUGGAGGUGUCGCUUUAUGGGGAUGUGCUGGUGGCAGAGGAGAGGAGGGGGAGUGAGGGGGAGAAUGUGGAGGGCGGGUUGGAAGGGGUGUGGGUUUCUGGAGAUGGGGAGAAGAGGUGAGAGUGGAAAGUCAAUGUUGUAUCUGUUGAGAUUUACGCGCGAACAAUAUCUUAAACGAGAGGUUCCUAAAGUAUGGAAAUAAAUAAUGAGACAGAAUAGCUGGUAGGAUAUGCUUUGGCAAUAUCCUAAAUGUGUGGCACUGGCAUGCAAGAUCUCCACGCACAUUUCAGAUCAGUAACCUAGAUAUAGAUUCUUAAUCUACAAACACAAACAUAACAUCAGACAAGAAUACAAAAUUUGAAAAUUACA